GACUGUGUGCAAACGGGCCACGCCUCUGCGACUCCAGCUGUCAGAGCUGCGCAAGGGGCGUGAGGGCUGGAGAUAGACUCCACUCAUCGACCCCCAACCUCAAUCCCCCCGCUGUGAGAAAACCCAGACUUUACCGAGGCCCCAGGUGCAGCGGGUCUCGGCAGAGGAGGCACCUUUCUCCGUCCCCAACCCAAUCCAAGUGCCCCUGGCUUUGACGACGCCUCGAGACUCUAGAGUGGGUGCUAAAGCUCCCAGAGCUGGCAGCAGGUGUCCGGGGCAGGCCUCCAACUUCUUGGAGACACUCAGGUUGACAUUUGCUCUUGGAGCAGGCGGUCGCGUGCCGCUGGAAACUACACCUCCUCGCAGCAUGGCCAUUAGCCUCAGCCUGGACGAUCCUCUGCUGCCGAUCUCGCUGUCCGCCCAGCAGACGACGCUCCUGCUGCUCUUCUCGGUGCUGGCUGCUGUGCACGUGGGCCAGUGGCUGCUGAGGCAGCGGCGGCGGCAGCCGGGGUCCGCGCCCCCGGGCCCCUUUGCGUGGCCGCUAAUCGGAAACGCUGCAUCCCUGGGCUCGGCGCCGCACCUCUGUUUCGCUCGCCUGGCGCGACGCUACGGCGACGUCUUCCAGAUCCGACUGGGCAGCUGCCCCGUGGUGGUGCUGAACGGCGAGCGCGCCAUCCGCGAGGCCCUGCUGCAGCAUGGUGCCGCCUUCGCCGACCGGCCACCCUUCGCCUCUUACCGCCUGGUGUCUGGCGGCCGCAGCCUGGCUUUUGGCCAAUACUCGGAGCGCUGGAAGGUGCAGCGGCGCGCAGCGCACAGCACGAUGCGCGCCUUCUCCACGGGCCAGCCGCGCAGCCGCCGCCUCCUCGAAUGCCACUUGCUGGGUGAAGCGCGGGAGUUGGUGGAUCUGCUGGUACGCGGCAGCGCCGGCGGUGACUUCCUCGACCCGCGGCCGCUGACCGUGGUGGCCGUGGCCAACAUCAUGUGCGCCGUGUGCUUCGGCUGUCGCUAUAGCCACGACGACGCCGAGUUCCGCGAGCUGCUCAGCCACAACGAAGAGUUCGGGAGCACCGUGGGCGCGGGCAGCCUGGUAGACAUGCUGCCCUGGCUGCAGCGCUUCCCCAACCCCAUGCGCACCGCCUUCCGCAAAUUCGAGCAGGUCAACCGCAACUUCAGCAACUUCGUCCUCGACAAGUUUCUGAGGCACCGCGAAAACCUUCGGCCCGGGGCAGACCCCCGCGACAUGAUGGACGCCUUCAUCCUUUCCGUGGGAAAGGAGGCGGCCGAGGGCUCGGGCGACCGCGGCGCGCGGAUGGACAUGGAGUAUGUGCCGCCCACAAUCACUGACAUCUUCGGCGCCAGCCAGGACACUCUCUCCACCGCGCUGCAGUGGCUACUCAUCCUUUUCACCAGGUACCCAGAAGUGCAGGCUCGGGUACAGGCCGAAUUGGAUCAAGUCGUGGGUCGAGACCGUCUGCCCUGCCUGAACGAUCAGCCCAACCUGCCCUAUGUCAUGGCCUUUCUUUAUGAAGCCAUGCGCUUCUCCAGCUUUGUGCCCAUCACCAUUCCUCAUGCCACCACCGUCAACACCUCCGUCUUGGGCUACCAUAUUCCCAAGGACACGGUGGUUUUUGUUAACCAGUGGUCAGUGAAUCAUGACCCAAUGAAGUGGCCUAACCCGGAGGAUUUUGAUCCUACUCGGUUCUUGGACAAGGACGGCUUCCUCAACAAGGACCUGGCCAGCAGCGUGAUGAUUUUUUCAGUGGGCAAAAGACGCUGCAUCGGGGAAGAGCUUUCCAAGAUACAACUGUUUCUCUUCAUUUCCAUCCUGGUUCACCAGUGCAAUUUCAAGGCCAAUCCAGAUGAGCCGUCAAAAAUGGAUUUCACUUAUGGCCUGACCGUUAAACCCAAGUCAUUUAAAAUCAAUGUCACUCUCAGAGAGUCCAUGGAGCUCCUUGAUAGCACUGUCCAAAAGUUACAAGCCGAGGAAGACUGCCAGUGAGAAGCCAGAAGCGAGCUGGAAUCUUAGAAGUACUCAAGUUUUGGGGGGUGGGGAGUAAAAAUUUCUAGCUCCUCUGUGAGCAUAAACGAAUGGACCUGUAGAUACUGCGUUUUACAUGCGUAUCCUCAGAUCAGCACUGGGCUCUGCAAUGCAGGAGCUCUGGAAAGAUUUUUUGCAUCAGAGUUAAAGGGCUCAAAGAAUUUUUAUACGUAUAUAGACUACUAGUAACAAUUUCUUGAGGGAGCACUCCUUGGAAUUAAAACACCAUGCUACACAUGCAAAACUCUGAUGGAGAGGUACUUUUAAUACCGUGCCUUUGUGGGUGGCAUCCAAGAAUGAUGUUCUUUGUGCUGAAAUCUCCAUAGAAAACCAUAUUAAGCAAAGUUUCAGAAUAUAUUGUUGAAUAUGCAAAGGCAAAUAAUUACAGUGUAAGUCAUGUGAUUGUGGGUGAGAAAGAAAAGGUAAGGUCAGAAAUUUCCUUUUCACCUUUUCCAUAAAGUAGCUUAGGCAGGCUCUGGUAUCUAUGGAUGGAUUUAUCUUUUUGCCUACUGAUGUGCUUUCUCUUACUAUAUUGGAUGACUCAUGAAGUCAUUUGCUCAAAAAGAAAUUGAUAGUAGUUGGUUUAGUCAUUAUAGUACGUUUCAGUGAUUUAUCGUGAAUUUUAAAGUGUUUUUAAGUUGUUAAAUUGUAAGAAACUUCGAGCUAUGUUGGUUGCCAAAUACAAAAUUUCAAUCAUGAGAAAAAAAAAAAA